AUGUCCGGUAGAUUAUUUAUUCGUUCUUUGGCCACCAAUGCUAGAUCUAUAAGAUCUCCUGUCCAAUUGUUUGGUCUGGAUGGUACUUACGCAACUGCAUUGUUCACUGCUUCUGCAAAAGCUACGUCUGUUGAAGAUGCUUCUACUUCCCUAUCCAAACUAUCAGAAGUUAUUAAAUCUGAUGAAAAUUUGACUAAAGAUAUCUUGGACAACCCAGCUUUGUCUUCACAACAGAGAGAAAUAGUCGUCGAACAACUAGUCAAACUUACAAAUGUUAAUGAUGCUUCAGUAAAGAAUUUACUAUCUUUAUUAGCCGAAAACAAUAGAUUAGCAUUGUUGCCAAAAAUUUCAAAACAAUUUCAAACUUUAGUCGAUGCUCAUAACGGUCUAGUCCAAGGGUUUGUCACCACUGCUCAACCAUUGGAUGCUAAAAAUUUCAAAAGAAUCGAAAAAUCUUUAACUCAAUCUGCAUUGGUGGGUAAAGGUAAGACUUUAAAAUUAAUUAAUUUAGUUAAACCUGAAAUCAAGGGUGGUUUAAUUAUUGAAAUAGAUCAAAAAACGGUCGAUUUAAGCGUGGCUACCAAACUACAAAAAUUGAAUAAAGCUUUGAAAGAAGAUAUUUGA